UUCUUGCUUAUAAACCUUCUUUUCAUCAUGUUGGCUGUUACGUUCCAAAAGCCAUACGAAGUCGCUGUAUCCACCGUAGAGAAGCCUAAGAUUCAAGAGCCUACCGAUGCGAUUGUCAAGGUAUCACUAGCCGGUCUUUGUGGAAGCGAUCUACACCCUUACCGAGGAGCCGAAAAGGGUUUGGAUCCCAUGACGAUUAUGGGACACGAAUUCGUAGGUACCAUUGUGGAAGUUGGAGAACAAGUUAAGGGCUUCCAAGUGGGAGAUCGCGUUGGGUCUGGUUUUACAACAUGCUGUGGCGAAUGCUGGUAUUGUAGCCGUGGAUUGACUUGUCGCUGCGAGAAGGGUCAGCUUUAUGGAUGGAAAUCGCAGGGCAAAGGGUUGGAAGGAGGACAAGCAGAAUAUGUUCGAGUACCGCUAGCAUCUGGUUCACUGCUCAAGCUCCCCGAUACCAUCGAAGACGAAGAAGCCAUUUUACUUGGAGACAUUCUCAGUACUGGAUUUUUCUGCGCAAUGAAUGGAUUUUCAGCGCUUACUGAGAUGGAAGCGUCGGAAGCGGUUGUAGUUGUGAUUGGGUGUGGACCUGUAGGCAUGCUUGCGUGCAUUGGAGCCAAGGAAUAUGGAGCCAAGCAAGUGUUUGUGGUUGACAGCGUGAACGAGCGACUCCAAGUUGCCGCAGAUCGAUUUGGAGCAACACCUCUCAAUUUGAGUCAAGAUGUUGAUGCGGCGGUCAAGUCAGCUACAGGAGGACGAGGAGCCGACAUUGUACUAGAGGUGGUGGGGCAUUCUAGUGCUCUUGAGCUGGCUUAUACUGUGAUGCGACCUGGAGGUGUGUUAUCUUCUGUAGGAGUGCACACUGCACCGACUUGGCCAUUUACGCCGGGCGAUGGUUACGACAAAAACUUGACUUAUAGAAGUGGACGAUGCCCUUCAAGAGCCAUGAUGGACAAGCUUCUUCCUGUGUUGAUAUCCAAGAAAUAUGCCGUAACCUCCAUCAUUAGUCAUAGAGUACCCAUUACUGAUGCCGUAGAAAUGUAUAGAAAGUUUGAUGGCAGGCUGGAUGGAUGUACCAAAGUAGUCUUCACCAUGCCCUAGGGCUAAGGCCGGAGAGCUGAAGCGGAAGCGUAAAGAUAUGCGGGAGCACAAAUGAGUCCUAGAUGGUAUGGACCACUUUGGCCACCAAGGUUUUUUACAAUGCUGGCCAUUGACUACUGGACGACUGAAUGGAAAUAAAAUUUCGCAACAUUGUGACGCGUGCCUGAAGGCAUGGUGAAAAUUGUUAAAAGUGUCCAACGCGUUAGGCAAGCUAGCAUCUAUUUUUU